AUGCCCCAACCAUCAACCCUUGCCCCCUACUAUGUCAACUCUCCCCUGUCGCCGUCAAACUGGCCAUGCCCUGCGCCUGAACCACCAUGGCUUGCAUCCCUGCGCCCCAACCGGACACCACCUACUGUCACCGCCCAUCCCUACGUCUUCCUCAUCCACUGUGCCAAAUCCAUUCACGAGUCCCAUGCGCGUGCCCGGACACCGACACCCUCGCUUGCAGUCGAAAUGGCCGAUCGGGCAAAGGCCAAGUCAAUCACUCAGGCCGCCUGGGGUUUCGUCAAUGACUCCUUGAUGUCCCCCUUGUGUCUCGUUGCCAGACCCAAGCUCAUCGCUGCCGCCGCCUUCCUCCUCGCCGUCUCCCAUUGUCUCUCCAAAUCUCCUGCCUCAGAUUGGGAGCAACAGGCGGAUCCGAAGCUUGAGCAUGUCAUUCGCGAGUACCUUUCCGUCGACGAGGACGGUAACGAACAGGCUGGGCCGAUCAGUGAUUCUUCAAACGUAACGUCAAACAUAUCCAGCAUACAUAUACCCCAUCCCUUGCUCUCCCCCUCCAAGACAAAUUGUCGUGAGCCUGUCUAA